AUGUUAUACAGGAGUCUUUCUGGAAGGUUAGCUCUGAGGAGAACUCUUUUUCGUACAAACUCUAGUUUACGGAGUGUCACGACAUCUGCUUUUGCCUCACAACGUCCCAGUCCACAAUGGCAAAAAUGGGCAUACGCCAUUAGUGGAUUCGGGGCUCUUUCAUUUGGAAUUUGGUGGUUUUACUGGCCCAAGCAUACGUUUCCAAGUUCCGUUGCCAGGAUCUUAAGAAAGGGUCUUUGGGAGGAAAGCGAUAAGAAGAAUCACGAUUUUCAAUCUGCUCUGAAAUACUACCUUGAAGCUUUAGAUGAAUGUAGCAAAUUAGGAAUGGAUAAAAUAUCUGAUGAAUACACAGGAAUAGAAUUAAAGGUGGCAGAGAUGUAUGAGAAACUGGGAAUGGAUAAAGAGGCACACGAUAUGUACUUGGAAAUGAUGUAUCGUUAUUUCGAUGCCUUGAGAACGCCAGGACGUGUGGCCGACGACCGGCGGCCACAUCUGAUUCAAAAAGACUUAAGAGUACUGAUAAAAUCGCUGGAGAUGAAUAGGGACAUUCAAAUUGCUAAAAGAAACUUGCUUGCACACUUGCUUUUAGCUCAAGAGGAGGUUCUUAGCCGAUCUCCAGAGCUCAAAGAAUUCUUUGAUAAACGAAAAGAGCGCACCUUAAAGCUUUUCCAAGGAAGACCUGGUUCUAACACUAUAGAGUUCGACACUUUUGUGAAUGAAGAUAAUAUAAAAUUGAAUGAAGGGUCGUACAUGAUUCUAGAUAUGGCAAAGAAUAGCAGCGCUUGGGAACCUUUUAAAGAAGAGUUUUUCACUGCCAGGGAUCUUUAUACCGCCUACUGCCUAUCAACUAAAGACAUCACAGCAGCUCUCAAUUGUAAGCUAACUACAGUUGAAUGGAUGGUAAUGGCCGACAUGCCUCCUGGUCAAUUGCUAUUGUCUCAGGCAAACCUUGGUUCACUUCUUUAUCUGCAAGCUGAAACAUUUGAAUCCCAAAUUUAUCAUUUAACACAAAAAUAUGAAUCUAAAGACGAUGCGAAAUUUGAUGAGGAAGAUGUUCGACUACUUAGACAACUUCACCGUAAUCGUGACAUGUGUUUUCAAAUGGCCACAAAAUGCUAUGAAAGUGUAAUAAAGUUUUCCAAGAAAAAUCAGAAGCUAAGAUUUAACGCCAAAGAUUUAAUGGACCCCUCCGCAGCCCAUGCCAUAGCACUUUCCAUUUAUGGAAUGGGGGUAAUCAAUCUGCAUAAAGGUGUUUUGGCUAAGGCAGAGCGUCUAUUGAAAGAUUCGAUCACUCUUGCACAAGAAACUGAUUUCCAAGAACUCCUUAAAGAAGCAAACCAAGAACUGAAAAAAGUUUCUCAGGCACAACAAAAAGAAGUUGUUAAGCAUGCGAACAGUGGCAGUUAA